AUGAGGAGCUUCGUCUUGAUAACAGCUUUGAUUUUCUGCAGCCUCAGAUGGAUCUUUAUCUCUGGCUCUGAGGUUCACACUGUGACGGUCCAGCGUGGCGAAGACGUCACACUGCAGUGCUCCAACAUUUCCACAAGUCCAACACAUACAGAGUGGUUCAGAGUGAUCAACACGACUAAAACGAGCUGCAUCUCAUCUAUGUUUGGGUCUCAUGGCCAAGCCUCUUUCUGUGAUGGAUUUCAAAAUGGAAAAUUCAAUAUGAGUUCGAAUGUCACUUCUGUCUUUCUUAAAAUGACAGAAGUGGGUUUAUCUGAUGUUGGGCUGUAUUUCUGUGGAUUUUACAUGGAUGUGCAUAUUAUUAUUUCCAAUGCAGUAGAGUUAAGAUUUGAAGGUGGUGAAACGAAUGAUGAAGAAUCUAAGACUGAAAAAGAGCCUGAAAGAUGCAUACACCUGAUGAGCAUCGUGCUGGGUAGUCUGACUGGUUUACUUACUAUGGUGGUCAUUGUUCUGGUUUUAAAAGUCAGGAACCUACAAACAGCUACGGAACCUAAGGGUGAAGAACUAAAGAACAUGAACUCAGAUGAUCUGAACUACGCAGCUCUGAGUUUCCAGACAAAAGCCAAAAGAAGUUGGAGGCCUGCGACACAGAGUGAGCCGGAGCCUAACGUUGUGUAUGCUGCCACACGAUAG